GAGAAGAGCUAACAAGAAGUUCUUUGUGUAUUCAGUCUUUCAGAGCAGGGUAAUAAAGUUGUAGUUUUAUUUACAGCUUCAGUCACAAAAUGAACUUGGGGACUUACAGGUCUGCACUUUUUGGACCCCAAAACACAAAAAAAUCCUUGCCAAAAUAUUCAAUUGGAGAUCGAGCAAUUUUAGACAAGAAAGUUCACAGCAAUCCUAAGUUCAGCCAAGUCCCUUCUCGCACUGACACCGGCUACAACCUCAGGAAGAAGCAACAACUUCAAGAAGAAAUACAGAAGUAUUAUAAGGUGACUAAGGAUGAGGUGUUCUCACGCAUCUCCCUACUGCAGCUACUGCGCCUCAUGCUUGCCCAGCCUGCACCAGCAGCACCUGAACACAUUCAGCAGACAGACACAGUAAAUACAUCCACCAGCCUGCAUGAGGUGGCUGAGCAACCUGAUAUGGUGCAGACAGCCGAGACGACCACCGCGGCACCUGCAUACCUCCUAGUGGACGUACGUGAGGCGACCGCGUACAGCACCAGCCACCUGAUCACAGCCAUAAACCACCCGUCAUGUCGGCUGGGCCGUUCCAUCAACUGGGAGUGCAGGGAGCUGCUGCAGUACCGCAACCACCCUGACCACAUCAUCAUUGUGUACGACUAUGCUGAGGACCUUGCCCCUGAGUAUGCAGCCACCCUGGUGCACCGUGGAUACGUCAAUGUCUUCCUUCUAAGUGGUGGACUGCGACUGGCACAAGACAAAUUCUCCUAUCCUCUUGUGGUGACCAAAGCUGAGGCUAGGGCUCGUGCUGCAGAGAUGCCAACAUCUCAUAUGGACACAUCGAUGGUCGAAGGAGAAACAUCUAGAAUGAAUUUAAUAGCUUCUGGUAAGGAUAUGAACAAGGAUGAUGAGGUUGAAGGUACAUCCAGCAUAUGCUUGUUUAACUUGCGCAACGAGCGUCUUCCGGAGGAUGUCAUUACAAACCUCGCCGCCCAGCUGGCCACGGUCUACGUGCCGCCCCUCACCCUGGGUGAGGGAUCAUCCUCGUGGGGCUCGGCCCCUUCAACAAGUCGCACUGCUGGUGGGCGGCGACCCAAUGUGCCCUCACUUCGACCUGCAGGUCGUGGUUUGUCCAAGUCGAGGGUCUAGCCAUCUACUGUUCUGGGUGUAGCCUCCUUCGCUUGUUUGUUUCCAGCUGCAACUUGGUUUGAGGCCAAGCUGACGCCUCUGAUUUUUAUUUCAUUUAACUUAUCACUUGCUAGCUCGAACUAUCUAGGUUGUUUAUUCCGACAAGUAGAAAAACAUUGAAAUCCUAAUUCCAAUGCUACGCCUGUGUUUGCACAUGUACGACGCCUAAUGCAAAUGUUGAUGAAGUAAAGUAUAGGGCUGCGAUAACUUUUAGCCAACGUGACUAUCUUAUUAGUUAUGAAUUAUUUCCAUACUGCAAAGUAUGAAUUAUUACUUUAUCUUAGUAUUCACGUAGAAAGUCUUACAAAGUUUUAUCUUAUUGUGUGUUCAGUUGUAUUUUUACCUGUAUAUCCUUUAGCUUUUGUUAACUCUCUAGAAUCUAGAUCAUUGGGGAGCUUGCUCCCAGCAUUAGUACUUAAAAACAGUACAUCUUCAUCUUGACUUCGUCUCGAGACUCAAUUUUUUACCGUUUUUGUUGUGUAGAAUGUCUUCAGUACCGUAGCGGCUUCCAAAAGCAAAAUUUAAAAAGUAAGUUUUUUUGUGUGUAGCGUGUAGCGGCUGUGAAGAACAUCAGAUCCGUCCAUUCCUCCUGGAAAGCUUUUAAUAUUAAGGUCGAAGUGUAAGGUUAACGCCUCAUGCUCAGUGGCUUCUUGCAAUCAUUGAACUAGAAGUGACUCUGCUUGAACCUCACAUUAGUGGAGGAUCAAUUAUGAGUCGCGAGAUAGUGUUUAAAGUAAGGCACGUUCUAGUCAUACUAAUAAGGCUACAAGAAUCGUAGAGGCAGUCAUGAAAAAACAGCCGACAAAUUCUUAUCAUUCACUUCGCCAUCUCCCGUGAAUCAAGUCUUUCUAAUAAGACAACCGCCUGCACAAAUGAAGUUAUUCAGGAUGUAGUGCAAGUAAGUCUCACGAAUUAAUUUCAAAGUUAACAAGUUUAGCAUCAUAUGACGAAGCUUCUGACUUUCUCCAUUUAUGUAUAGAAUAAGCUGCAAAUCUUUUGCUAUGAUAGAUCGUUUGCAUUCGUCACGGCUUGCUGAUUUGAAACAUCGGUUAGUUUGAGCGCGUCAGCCGGCCCUUCGACUUGCAAUGCCGCGGUAUAGUGUACAGUUAUCGAAGGAAUUAAUCCAUACCCAAAUAUGCUCCUGAAGUGCGACUAUAACCGAGCCAUGACACUGUUCCAGUAUUUCUAAUCUCUAUUCUGUUGUGCGACGGAAGAUUUCUUAUAGUAAUAUUUUCUUUUUUGAAUCUACGUGAUAACUGUUGUUAUCAAUACUUCGUUGGCAGCUUUACUACGCUGUAAACUAAGAUUUCCAGCAUUCUUAAUAAUGCAGAUGUUUUAAUUAUAUAUAGUCAUCAGUAUAUAUCUUAAGAUUUAGUUGAAUAGGAGCUUGGCAUUUACCCUCACUGCUCUUGAAGACCAUGCAGAAGAGAUGGUCAGUAGUCACAUAGAGGCCACAAUGGCGCGCCUAGGGGCGUCAUGAGGUCACAACUCAGGUUAUCUUCAUCGCUUGUGACGUCGACAGCGGCAUUUUUAUUUACCAAAGAGCACGUAUAAUGAAUUAAUAAAUGGAGAAACUUUCA